AUGUCCGACGCUAUCAUCUCAUAUGCCGCUUUCAUCCUAGCCGAUGCCGGUCUAGAAGUUUCUGCUGAAAACUUGCAAAACAUCACCAAGGCCGCCGGUGCCAAGAUUGACUCCGUGUGGGCUGAAGUCUUUGCUCAAGCUCUAGAAGGUAAGGAUCUAAAACAGAUCCUAUCUGGAUUCCACAACGCUGGUCCAGCUACUGGUUCUGCUGCUGCAGCUUCUGGUUCCGGUGCAGGUGCUGAAGCCGCUGCCGCUGAAGAACCAGCUGAAGAAGAGAAGGAAGAGUCCGAUGAUGACAUGGGUUUCGGUCUAUUCGACUAA